CUAAAAGUUCCUUCAAGGACUGGACUUGGGCACCUCUGCUCUGGGGCCUUUAGCUUCAAUAUUUGCCAUGACUGUACCUCAGAGUCUGGAUGGGUCUUCUUAACUCUACCCAGCCCUCAAACCAAUUGGACAACAGCAUCUUAUUCACCAAACAAGCCCCCCCCCUCUACAGCAUUGUCUUUGUGGUGGGCUUGUCUCUGAAUGUCAUGGCAUCCUGGAUCUUCUUCAGGGUACCUGGGGACUCCGGUCUGGUGGUCUACCUGAAGAACAUGGCAGUGGCCGACCUCCUCAUGUUGUCCACCUUCCCCUUCAAGGUGGCGGCUAAUCUGGACUUUGGUGGCUGGCACCUCCGUAUGAUCACCUGCCGCUACACCGGUGUGCUCUUCUACUUCUCCAUGUAUGUGGGAAUCCUCUUCAUCUGUUUCAUCAGCCUUGAACGCUACGUAAAGGUCGUCCACCACACCUCCUCUUCCACCUCCUCUUGUUGGUCUAGGUUGGGUGGGGUAUCCUGGGUACAUCUCAUGCAGAACGCCACCUUUGCCCGGCUGCUGGCGUUCUGCACCUGGACCCUCCUUCUCCUCAUCUCCCUGCCCAACGUGGUGCUAACAAGCCUGCCGGCUGACCAGCAGACCAACUGGAGCUGCAUAGAUCUUAAGACGCCGCUAGGGAAGCAGUGGCACAAGGCUUCCAUAGACUUCGCCAUGUUCCUGUUCUGGGUGACACUGCUCGUCCUGGCCUAUUGUUACACCUCCAUUUUCUGCCACGUAUACAAGUCAUACCGCCGUGUGCAACGUGACAACAGCGACGUCUGCCGCAAGUCCAACCGCAGCAUCUUCAGCAUCCUGGUAGUGUUCUUCAUCUGCUUCGUACCGUAUCAUGUCUGCCGCGUGCCGUACACGCUGAGUCAGAUUUCGGCGUCCGGCUUCAGCUCAGACGCUUGUUUCCUACUGUUCCAGAUUAAGGAGGGGGCCAUCUUCCUGUCGGCGCUCAACGUCUGCCUCGACCCGAUCAUCUACGUCCUGAUGUGCCGAACCUUCAGAGAGUCGCUGCUGAGGAAACUGUCUAGAAGGCAGAGGAGGCAGAAGGUACGGGAUAAGGACAGAGAAAUAAGGAGGCAAGGAGUAAGGACAGAGGAGACAGAAGGCAACGUGUAAAGAUAGAAAAGACAGGGGGCAAGGAGGGAGGACAGAGGAAUAAGGACACAUGAGACAAAGAGCAAGUAGAGAGGAGUCAAGGGGAAAGGACAGAUGAGUUAAGGACACAAGUGAGAGGGCACAGAGAGGAAACAAGGAGAGAAGGUCAUUAAACCACCAUCCAGAGUCCGAACAACAUCGAGAGGAAGGAAACAAGAAGAAAGGACAGAGGACACAAGGGAAAGAAACGUCUAGACAGGACCAGGGAGACAAGGUAGGGAGACAAGCAAACAGGACCGGGACAGAAUAUUUACCUGAGUAACAGUCUGAACUCUUCAUUCGCUCAGAAUCCUUUAAUUGAGUUACAAAGCCUUACUCAAUCAAUCAGUUGCCAUGGAUACAUGACUGAAUGUGAUUAAAACAUUCUUUCCAGAAUUCAGAAAAG